CCUACGAUCCAUCACGAAGUAAUCACGGCCGACAAAACGACUUUGAGAAUCCUCCAAAUCAUCCGAGAACCCAGCGGUCACUCGCUUUAGGAGCCCGAAAUGAGCUCUCCCUUCUCCAUCAAUGGCGGUGCCUGCGUCGCAAUGGUCGGCAAGGACUGCGUCGCAAUAGCCUGCGAUCUCCGCCUCGGCCUCCAAGCCCUCACCGUCUCCAACAACUUCCCCAAAAUCUUCCAGUACGGCGACGUCUUCCUCGGCCUCACCGGCCUCGCCACCGACGUCACGACCGUCGGCGACCUCUUCCGCUACAAGGUCAACAUGUACCGCCUCCGCGAGGAGCGCAACAUCGCCCCGACCACCUUCGCCAACCUCGUCAGCUCCUCCCUCUACGAGCGCCGCUUCGGCCCCUACUUUGUCUCCCCCGUCGUGGCCGGCCUCGACCCCAAGACGGGCAAGCCCUUUAUCUGCGGCUUCGACAGCAUCGGCUGCAUCGACUUCGCCAAGGACUUCAUCGUAUCUGGUACGGCGUCUGAACAGCUCUUCGGCAUGUGCGAGAGCUUAUGGGAGCCGGAUCUGGGUCCCGAUGAGCUCUUCGAAACCAUCUCCCAGUCGCUCUUGAACGCUGUUGACCGAGAUGCACUAUCCGGAUGGGGAGCGCACGUGUACAUUAUUGAGAAGGACAAGGUCACGAAGAGACUGCUCAAGGGCAGACAAGACUAAUUCUCGCGGAGGAAUUCGGUGUUGGGGAAGAGAAAACUUGAUAGAACCGCUACAAGUGGACGGUUUCUACCUAGCUUGUACCAAUAGAUGGACGUGAUCCACUAUGAGAUGGCUACCGAAGCCUGCAUGAACUAGACAAAUGACCUUGAUUUACGUCCUUAUUUGUGUGACUUUUAUGUCUGGACGUUGGCUGCUAUGGUCUAUGUACAGCUCUGUGCAAUGUUGCCAGGGCUACUACUAUGGUACAAGCGAUCUAUGGUCUAGCUUGCGCUGGCCUCUAACCAUCUAAUUCUCCUUCUUUGCCUUGGUAGACUUGAUCGCCUUCGUCUGACUGAAGUAUGAUCUCUCAACAGCCUUGAGAACCUCAUCAAUGAGACUAAAACACAGAGUCAGCAAC